CGUUUGAAUCCACCUGAAAGAGAAAGUGAGUCCAAACUUGUGACUGGUACUAUAUGGAUUUUUGCCUCUGAAAACUUUCACCUUUAUUUUGAAGCGCAGAAGCGCUCACUUCCGUCGAGUUGCGUCAGUCUGCAGUAACUUGACGCGGUGACAUCACAGCAGCCAGCCUGGCGCCGCUAGCCACCGUUAGCCGAGAAGAAGCAGACGAGCACAACAGCUUAAAGUUUAUUUUUACCCUACAGUUAACAGUCCCGGGAUUUUCUAGACCUAGUUGCAUGUGUGAAAAAUGUAACUACGUCAUGUGGUUGUGUCGUUGAUCCUUUCCUCCUGAUGCUGAGAGGUCCAUCAUCACAGAUCCGCCUCCAGGACAGCUGAAUUGCUUUUUUGUCAACUCCGUGAACACCCUCUCUGCCGCGGCUUUCCCGAUGAUGCGUUUCAUGGUAUAAACAACGCACAUACACCUGGGUCAAAACAACGCCCUCAUUGUCUUUAUCAGAUAGUGCAGACGUGAAGUCAAGAUGUCCAUCACCAACACGCCCACCAGCAACGACGCCUGCCUGAGCAUCGUGCACAGCCUGAUGUGUCACAGGCAGGGCGGCGAGAGCGAGACUUUUGCCAAGCGGGCCAUCGAGAGCCUGGUGAAAAAGCUGAAGGAGAAAAAAGAUGAACUCGACUCUCUCAUCACGGCUAUCACCACCAACGGGGCCCAUCCCAGCAAGUGCGUGACCAUUCAGAGGACGCUCGACGGACGACUGCAGGUGGCUGGACGUAAAGGUUUCCCACAUGUAAUCUAUGCCAGGCUGUGGCGGUGGCCGGACCUGCAUAAGAAUGAGCUGAAGCACGUCAAAUACUGCCAGUUUGCCUUUGAUCUCAAGUGCGACAGUGUGUGUGUCAACCCCUAUCACUACGAGAGAGUGGUGUCUCCUGGCAUAGACUUAUCCGGACUGACGCUGACCAGCUCUGGACCCAGCUCAGCACUGAUGGUUAAGGAUGAGUAUGAUUUUGACGGACCGCAGAGUCUGCCCUCCAUCGAGGGAGGACACUCCAUCCAGACCAUCCAGCACCCCCCAUCCAGUAGCCGCCCAGCUCCCUCUGAGUCAUUCGCCACCCCGAACCUGCUCCCCCCCGCCGAGGCCUCCACAUCUGCCUCGACAUCGUCUUUCCCCGCCAUCGCAGCCGGAUCAGGCAGUGCCAGCACAACCUGGUCCAGGAACAGCAGCUUCACCCCCAACAUACCCCACCACACCAAUGGUCAUCUACAGCACCACCCUCCCAUGCCACACCCGACACACUACUGGCCGGUUCAUAAUGAGCUCGCGUUUCAGCCUCCCAUAUCCAACCAUCCAGCCCCUGACUACUGGUGCUCCAUCGCCUAUUUUGAGAUGGACGUGCAAGUCGGGGAGACAUUUAAGGUGCCCUCCUCUUGCCCCAUUGUGACAGUGGACGGCUAUGUGGACCCCUCAGGAGGAGACCGCUUCUGUCUGGGCCAGCUGAGCAACGUACAUCGCACUGAGGCUAUCGAGAGGGCAAGGCUUCACAUUGGAAAAGGAGUUCAGCUGGAGUGCAAAGGUGAGGGAGACGUGUGGGUGCGAUGCCUCAGCGACCACGCGGUGUUCGUCCAGAGUUACUACCUGGACAGAGAGGCGGGCAGAGCCCCCGGAGACGCUGUUCAUAAAAUCUACCCCAGCGCUUACAUCAAGGUGUUUGACCUCCGUCAGUGCCACAGACAGAUGCAACAGCAGGCUGCUACAGCUCAAGCUGCAGCGGCAGCCCAAGCAGCCGCCGUGGCUGGAAAUAUUCCUGGACCUGGCUCAGUGGGAGGGAUAGCCCCAGCUAUUAGUCUGUCAGCAGCAGCCGGUAUCGGAGUAGACGACCUCCGGAGGCUGUGUAUUCUCAGGAUGAGUUUCGUUAAAGGUUGGGGGCCCGACUACCCCCGCCAGAGCAUCAAGGAGACACCCUGCUGGAUCGAGAUCCACCUGCACAGAGCUCUGCAGUUACUGGACGAGGUUCUGCACACUAUGCCUAUAGCAGACCCACAACCUCUGGACUGAGCUCUUUUUGAACUGCUGCACCACACUGCAACCCGCAGUGGAAACAGAAAGUCUUCCUCAGCGAAACGGUUCUGGAUGGAUAAGCCUUGUGAAGCAGCCGUGAAGCUGUGACACUGAAGCUUUUCCCUGUGAAAAAAAAACAAAAACAACAACUUUCAAGUGUGUUUGCGGCACUUUUCGUGCACUGUGGCCCCCGACUUUUGCUUUUUAAGCAAGAGUGACACUAAAAAGAGCCAAAACCAUACGUCAAAGAUAUCUUCAGCUAUAUUUUUGAUAGAUGGUUUUGAUUUGUGAUGACUGGAAUAUGAACUGUAGGACUAGACAAAGACAUCCAAGAUAAACUACAGUUAUAAAACACCACAACAUGCAACACAGACGACCUGCAGAUCCCAUCAAACUGGAACGUACGCCGACUAGUCUGCGUCCCUGAAGUCCACAACCAUCAACUACUGACAGGUGACAGAUUUACUGAACUAGACAAGGAUACCUGAGUGCUGUGCAGCUGUGGGAUGAGAGGCUGUAACACAGAAGUCCUCAAAUCCAAGUGUUUGGACAGCGGAGUGCUGCUGGUUUUCUGUCGGGUCGGUUUUCAUCGAAGCAGUUACAGACUGCUGUACAGCCGGGACGACAGGUGAGUUCAGUCUGGCUUAAUAGAAAACCAGCAGCACUCUGAACCACGAGGAUCAUCGCUCAACGUCACGCCCGUCAGCCGGCUCUCAGCCACUGGGAAAGGACUGGGGGGGACAACACAGCUGGAUCAGUCAACCAUGAGAAUAAAAACGACAUGCACCACGCCUACAGCCGACUCUUAAGCUCUGUACCGAAACAAGGUCAAGUCUAUGGACGAUUCUAGGUCAGGUAUUGUUAAACUACGGGUUUGGACGUUUAAAAGACAGCCGCAGGUCUAUGCCUGGUGGGUGUCUUAAUGACAAAUCUGUUUUCCCUUCUCUAUUAAAACAAGAUUACGGAGCUCCUCGUGGAGGUUUUGGAGCAGAUGACGAUUUCCUACAGCUCCACAUAUGCAGGGUUGUUUUGUUUUUGUUUGUUUUUGGAUGCAACAUACAUACAAAUCAAAAUAACCUAUUAACAAUUUAUCUAUCCUUACUGACUUUCUAUGAUUGUAUAAAUGGUUCAUAUCACUCACUCAAAAAAAACAACAAAAAAAAAAAAAACACAAGAUACUCUUCAAAGUGGUCUUUCACCAUUAGUCGCCUCCAUCUGUUUCAGGUAUAGUUACUGUUUUGGAAAACGCCCUCUUUUAUGCUGCCACAAAAAAAAAAAAUCUCAAACGCCUUCUGUGAACUCGUUGCCUUUUCUCACGUUCACAGAGAGCAGAAAAAAAAAAGAAAAAAAAACAGCUGGAAAGAUUUUUUGGUUAAACAAGAUUGAAGUAAAGAAAGCAGAGAAGAGGAAGACGGUUGAUCUUAGAUGUGAUCUCAGUACGAGGAACAGGGUUUAUCAAUGUUUUGCUCUCGAAGCAAACAAAAGUACUGAUUGCUCAAAAACAUACUGUAAGUCUAAUCUGAUCAUGAGAACAGGACAUCCAGUCAGCUGCUGGAGGAGGCGGCGGCUCGUUAAAAUGAAUUUUAAAAAGGUAUUUUUAAUAAAAAAAUCUCAAAAGAAUACCAGACCGUCUCUCUCCACAACAUCUUAAACAUUAACAAUUCGCAGCCCACUUAUGUACUACUUGAUCCAGGUCUCUUGUGUAUAUACUGACAAAGAUGAGAGAAUUUAAGACAGUUUCCCAGCAAUAUUGAUAUAUUUUCUUGGUUUUAUUUUUUUUACUUUUAUUAAGUGAUUUGUAUUAUAUUUUUAGCACUUUACAUUUUUUUUUUCCUUCUUGUUUUUAACUCAGUAACCCUUAUUUUGAGGUGGUUGUCCUGCGAUAAAAAGGAGUGAAUAGGUUGGUUUAUAUUUUAUGUAGAGCAGAGGCGACAUUGUGAUGCAUUUGUAUUAAAAACACAUGUAACACUAAUGAACCACCUUUUUAAAAAAAUCAGUAUUUGCCCUUUCACUCUAUAAGCAUUUACACACGUGUGUAGGGUUUCUUUUGGCUGUUGCGGUCUUUUUUUUUUUUUUUUUCCUUUUGGAUUUGCCGUCUUUUUAAUCCAUGUAAAUAACUUUGUUUUUGAAAUGCAUGUCAAUGUUUGCAUGAAUGUAAAUGGAAGAUAGACCCCUCCAUCCCUGCCCUCCUUUU